AUGUCACUUCAAAUCAGUUCAGCCGCGAAGUCACUGUUGCACAAGUUUGCGCUUCCAGCAGCCACUUCAGUCGCUCAGUAUCAUGAAAAGGUAAUCGAUCACUACGAGAAUCCACGUAACGUCGGAUCACUAAACAAGAACGAUAAGAAUGUCGGGACCGGAAUCGUCGGUGCGCCAGCUUGUGGAGAUGUUAUGAAGUUGCAGAUUAGAGUCGACGACAACGGAAAAAUCGUCGAGGCGAAAUUCAAAACGUUCGGAUGUGGCAGCGCAAUCGCCUCGUCGUCGUUGGCCACCGAAUGGAUUAACGGAAAAACUAUCGAGUACGCGUCGAAAAUUAAGAAUGAUGAAAUCGCCAAGGAGUUGUGUCUUCCACCAGUCAAAUUGCAUUGUUCGAUGCUCGCCCAGGACGCAAUUCAAGCAGCUCUGAAGGACUAUCAGAAGAAGCAGAACAAGGAAGCCUAA